ACAUGACAAGAAGAGAGUAGUAAUGUUUUCUUUAAUAAGACCUCUCUUCACGAAAUCGACUUUAUUCUUCAGAUAAUCUCAUUAAACAUCCCAUAUGUUUAUAAUCAAACGGUAUAGAAAGUGCGUAAAACAACUGUUUAAAUUGUUACCAACCUAAAUAAAAUUCUUAAGGUCGAAUUCAAAGAAUUUCAAUUUGAUUAUCGUAGAGUCAAAACAUUGGAUGCGUGAUACAGUCGAUUCCUUCGCGCAAUAUGUCGAAAAUAAAGAAACUUACGGGCUCGUUCCGCUAUACGCAAUGGGACCCGUGUCUGAUUAUAUCCCAGAUAGUGGCUAUGCAGUCAGUUAUGUAUUUAACGCUUUGUUUGUUGACGGCUAUUAUGCAGGACCUAACUGGAUCUACCAGGACUCUCGACCACAUAUUUGAGUACCAUGAAAUACAUGUGAGAGACAAUGAGGGUAGAUCAGUGAUAGCGGCGUUUGUACUGAACGCUAUCAUCGGAUCGUUCAUGCUGUGGAACAUUGUCGGCCGGACUAAGUUGUGCUUAGACUUCAGUUGCACCUACCACGGCAUCCAUCUGAUUAUCUGCUGGAUAUACAACGGCGUCUUCCCCACCACUUUCUCAUGGUGGACCCUGAACGUAGCCUGUGCAGCCAUCACAUGCGUCACCGGAGAGUUCCUCUGUCUAAGGACAGAACUGCAAGCGAUUCCCCUCAGCAAUAUUGGCUCGAAGGUGGAUUUAUGAAAGUUAGUGAAAUUUAGACUGGAUAAUAACUUGCAAGAUAUGCUCAGAUCUCUGUCCUAGUUGUAAUUGUUUAGUUUUAUUUAUACAACUACUAGCUCAGACAUAGAUUGAUGGUUAACUGCCAACACCUUCUAACUAAAAUUUAUGAUGAUUAGAGAUGAGGAUGGAUGAUGAUGCUCUCAUUAUCAUUUUUAUGAAGAUGGAUGAUGAGAGAUGAAAAUGAAUGAUGAUAGACGAGGAUGUGGAUAAAUGAGGCUGGAUGAUGAGACGAUAAUGGAUGAUGAUGAGAGAUAAGGAUGGAUGAUGAUGAGAUGAGGAUGGAUUAUGAUGAGAUGAGGAUGGAUGAUGAAUAUAUCUUAAAUUAAGUCCCAAUAGUGAUCGGCACUUACCGCGAUGGAAAAUUGCAGGCAAAUAGUAUCUACAUAUCUGCUUUUUAAUUGUCAACGUUAGUGACCUUAGUAGACGAUAAUGUAUUUAAAUUAAAAAUACGUGUUAACAACGCGAAAAUUUAAAAAAGUUCAAAUACGAUGAAAAAAAAUUCUUGGUUUUAAUAUAAAUUGUUAAUAAAUUAUAUUAUAAAUCAUUUCUGUAUGUAAUAGAGAAAAUGUGUAAGUUAAUAAGUUUCUAAAACUAUUUUAUAAAUGUCAGUUAGGAGGUUUUGGUGGUUAAACGUCGAGUUAGUGAUAGAUGCGUCAAGUAUUCAAGUAUGUAACAGUCUACUGAGACAAAUGAUAUACUAAUCUAUAUAUAUAGACAUCUUAUUAUGUUUGUAUGACACCGACAGGGAUGGCAACAUACAAUAUAUUGUUCGGGGGGGAGGGCAUUGUUAGUAAUCUGGUCUAAUUUCCCCAUUACUAGGAAUAUACACUGUCAGGUCAUAAUCCACGUAGUCCCCCUGGAAACCAUCGUUCUGAAUCCCAGGUCUAUUCAUCACGAUGGGCUAAUUGACCUGUUUUCAUUCUCAUCUAUCAUCCUUCACUGGUGCUCCGCCAGCGUAUAUCGUUAGCGCAGGCGGGGUUGCCAUUCCAUUAUCAUAUGUUAAUAAAUAUUUGGUUCUCCCUCGUGUUGCGCUAACUAAAAUUAGGAGGGAGUGUAUAGAUGGGUAAUGGAUUCACUGUAUACCCUUACUUAAUACCCUUAUAGAUAGAUACAUAGAUAGAUAACCUUUAUUACCAGUAUUAAGAAAAUAAAAAAUUAAAACAACAAA